AAGCAUCAUGUUACAAGAUGCACAGCAAUGUUGCCAGAAGAAGAAGAAGAAGAAGAAGAAGAAGAAGAAGAAGAAGAAGAAGAAGAAGAAGAAGAAGAAGAAGAAGAAGAAGAAGAAGAAGAAGAAGAAGAAGAAGAAGAAGAAGAAGAAGAAGUUGGCGAGUUUAGCAAGGUGGUAUGAAAAGAAGGAAGCACGUGAUUGGUUGGGAAUUCGGUGAUUUCGCCACACUGUAAUUUGAUUUUGG